AUGGACCUCAACGGCGCGUUGUCGGCGCUGAUCCGGCAACAAACCGCCUUGCCAGCCGCAUUUCCUCUGGCCUCGUUUCUGCCACAUCCGAUGCUGACGCAACUACCGUUCCAGUUCGGUAAUGCCAUGUUGGAACAGCUUUCGCUAGGGAUCUCGCCAGCCGAGCCACAAGCGGCUGCCACGCCAAAAAAGGCUCGCCUGGAAUCACCAUGUAGUCCAAUGUCGCAGAGCAGUACCGUAUCUUCUACACAGCUCUCCACUCCACAACCAUCUCCAACCCGAAAACUUGCCAAACCGAUCCCCGACGAGAAAAAGGAUGAUGCUUACUAUGAGAGAAGACGACGAAAUAAUGAUGCAGCAAAACGAUCAAGAGAUGCUAGAAGAAUGAAAGAAGAAGCAGUGGCUGCAAGAGCUGCUCAACUAGAAAGGGAGAAUGGACAGUUACGUGGACAGGUCGCAAUCCUAAAAUCAGAAACUGCCCGACUUCAGCUCUUACUAUUCUCGAAGCAACAGCUCGCUGUGAACAACUUAAAGGCAGAGAUGAAUUAUGAAAUCAAGGAAUCUGUCGAGAUAAUGCAGAAUCCUACAAUUACCGUAGUCCAGGAGGAUUCGGAAAUCAUGCCUUAA